UUUUCCAACACUUUUUUUCCACUAAUAAACUUCUCUAGCCUCCCCCCCCCCCACCAACUACAUGUGUCAAUCACAGCUGAGUGACACUGAGCCUCUUCACUAAUCCCUGAGUGGGAAGGCGGUGCUCAUGAAUUAAACAGUAGUUCUUCUUGCCACAAAUCUCUUGCCCCGGACCGGUGGGAGCACCACCCACGGACCCACUGCCGUAACCCUACAUUGGUACUUACAACACCGCUUUGUCAGUGCUCCUUUCUUCCAGCGUCUUCUCUUUGAACCCCCUUGUGCUGCUGCUGUGUGCGACUUAAGACGGCCCGCCCUCCGCUGGCCCAAGCACAUGCAGCCCGUAUAAAUGGACCGAGGGCAGCAUCUCCCGCUACCACACAACCAGUGUGCUACGCACGGUCUCAAUCCUUCAACCUCGUAUUUAUCGGGACCGAGAGAAUAAGUCAAAACUGAUCUUUACAGCUUCCUUAGGACAAUUUAAAUGGUAAUAAAUGUUGUUAAAAACAUUAUUGUUAAUAAACAAUAAUAACAAACAUAGUUUAGCCUUAGCCUUCACUUAAUCAUCCCUGGGUUCCAGAAGCUAUGCAUCAUGGAGCCGAGCACUCCGCUGAAGACAAGGCCCAGACAGAAGAUCUGCCGACAGGUGUCCAAGCCGUUAAUGGAGCGGCGGCGGAGAGCGCGCAUCAACAGAUGUGUUGGCGACCUGAGGACACUGCUGCUGCAGUCGCACGUGGGCAAGUCUCGCUGCAGGUCCAAGAUGGAGAAGGCCGACGUUCUGGAGCUGGCAGUGCGACACCUGAGGGCACUGACACAAGCACCAGGCCCCACGGACCCUGGCGUCUCCGCGGGCAGGUUCUGCGCAGGCUACAUGGACUGCGUACAAGAAGUAAGCCGCUUCCUCACUGCCUGCGAUGGGAUCCACGGACCCCUGGGAGCAGCGUUGCUGUCCUGGCUGUCGGUGCGAGCAGCAGCCCUUGCACGUGCCAGCGCACCACGCCCUCAUCAGCAGUGCGAGUUGCGGGCAUUGAUCGUGCACGACCUGCCUGUGUGUCCCGAUGGCUCUCUCCGGUCUCCCCGGUUCGUCGCGCAGCCUUCCUGUUUUCCGGCCACAGACUUUGCUUUUUGGCUUCUGCAGCAGCCGUACAGUUCACCCCUGUUGGGACCAGUCGAUGGCGCCCAGGCCGUGACAAAGGUGCACGUGGGGGCUUGGGGCGCAGCUCCGACAAGGAGAGCACACGAGCAGAGCAGCAGCGCUUCUGCCUGGAGGCCUUGGUGACACGUUCCACAGAGGAUGUUGUGCGUGUGAUUGUGAUGCACAACAGAAUACAGAGAGAAUCAGAAACGCUGCAGCGAACACAGACAUCGCUCUGGCAAAAGUACACGUGUCCUAAAAGUAACCCGGCUGUACUGUAACGCAAUGUCCAAUUAGCACUAACUAUUAGCAAUAAAACAUACACACAUUGUUGUUGAGCACUUUAUUGCUAGUAUGUAUGAAACAUUCCCAACAAAGAACGGCUUUGCUUGUUGUAACACUCUAUGCAUAUUACAGCCAGACUUUGGUUAGCUGAAAAAGACCAACAACGGAUUAUCAACUACAUUAUUCACUGCAUGAGCAGCUUCAUCAGCAUUAUAUCUGAAGAACUCAGCCCUGAAACUGAGUCACAAAUUCAGCUGCAGAAAUAGAAUGUGUGUGUGUGAGAGAGAGAGAGAGUCUCCACAUGAGCGAAUGAGAUGGUAAAUCUGCGUAUGCUGUGGCCCUGACAUGAGAUGAACUCCCCUAGCUCAUGCACACGUGAUCAACGAUAAAGUGAUACAAUAAUGAGGAAUAAUAGCAGACAUGCGAGGAGUCUGGAAUAAGGCAGAUACAUGGGCAAGUUCACGUGUCACAUGUCUCUUGUGUUCUACAUAUUGACCAGCACCGGCCUCCCACACCAGGCAGCAGCACAAAGCAGCUGAAUUUGUGGACUCCAAUUCCCACUGAAUGCAUGCAGAAAAAAGUACAGGACUGAGGAAUGACCGACAGAUCCAGAAAUCACGUGUGCGCUGCGGGCCACUGACAUCGUAUAUUAAAGACAACACUGACCUGAUUGGUGACCUCAAAAACAUUUAAACAACACAAACACUCAGAUCACUAUUAAAUACAUGUGUGCACUUUUUAACCAAAAUGGAUGCUGUUAUAGUCUUCGAUACCAUCGAAGAUGAAGCAGAAGGGUGCUAACUGUGAGCGAGUAGGUCAAUGAUGAUGUCUCGGUGACACGGUAUUUAAAGAGGUCAAGGUCUGCGUCAGGUCAGCAGGGAGCACCCCAGCAACAAGGAAGGGUCUUCGCUUUCCCCUGACUGUGCAGAGCCGCAGGAGUCCUGCCUCCAAAUUAUCACAAAGAGCCCCACUACAGGAGUCCUUGUUCCACAAGGCCCAGAAAAAGGCAACAGUCUGCGUCCAGUGAGAAGUCGGUGACAAAU